GGCAAUCGCGCUCCCGGUGCUCGCUAGCAUGGGGUUCGGCAGCGUGGCGAUGCUGGCAGGCCCUGUGCCGCCGGGCGCUGCGGGCUGCUGCCGCCGCCUCCUGGCAGGGGCUCUGGCGGCAGGGCUGCGGCCGCUGCUGCGCGGGCUGCCGCCGUGCUGGGUGACUCCGAGGCGGGCGGCAGGGCAGUGGCCGAGCCCGGGCCUGCGGGUGCCAGAGGCGGCGGAGGCGGAACAGCUGGUGCAGCAGGUGAAGCAUACCGGUGUCGCAGUCCGCCGCUUCAUCGCCUGCCCGCGGCUGGCGCGCACGGUGCAGCGCUGCCUGCAGAGAGGAGCCAGCCGCGGCUCCCAGCCUGUCCUGCUCGAGUGCGGGCCCGGUCCUGGAGUCUUGACCCGAACUCUGCUCAAUGCAGGUGUUAGAGUGGUAGCUCUUGAAAGUAACCCAGCUUUUCUUCCAAACUUACAGUCCCUAGAGAAUAGCCUGGAUGGACAAUUAAAGGUAAUUUACGCUGACUUCUGCAGACUGGAUCCUUUGACUGGAGCAGUGAAACCACCUGCAGUAUGUUCUGAGAAACUUUUUGAAACUGUGGGUGUAGCAGCAGUUCCUUGGAAGGCAGACACACCUGUGAGAAUUUUUGGAAUCUUACCACAAAGCAAGGAAAGGCUCAUACUUUGGAGGCAUCUUUUUGCCCUGUAUGAACGCAGUUCCAUAUACAGAUACGGAAGAGCAGAACUCAACAUCUUUAUAAGUGAAAGAGAGUACAAGAUAUUAACAGGAAAACCUGGGAGUGCUGGGUCUUACCAAGCAAUUACUGUACUUUGUCAAUUAGGAUAUGAAAUUCAGCUACUGCACAUGGAACCUUGGUCAUCAUUCUUCACUAAUUUGAAAAAUGGGGGACUGGCGAUACCGAAAAGUGUGCGGCUGCCAAAUGACCAUUUAUGUUUGGUACGACUGACUCCUCAGCAAAAUCUGUUUACAGGAGGUUUGAAUCCCAAAAAUUCACCCAUCUUUGUUUUCAUGGUGAAACAGUGUCUUGCUAAACCUAAGUCUAGACUUAUUGAUAGAUUAAAUUCAUGGAGCUUGGACAAUGGUAGCCAAUUACUGAGAGAACUAGAAAUUCCAGAAAAUGCUCAAACACGUAACGUAUACCCAGAAGACUAUAAGCGUCUUUUUGAGGCUUUGCAAAGCUCUACUAUAUUUACUGAAAACUGGUGGCAUGAGGAAGUGUUUGAAAAUACAAGGAACAUAAACUUCUAAAUCUAAAGCUGCUGUCUUUUGGAAGAUCAUGUUUGCUUCUGGAAAAUUACUUUAAUAAGAAAUGAUUUAAAUAAAAUCAGAAAUACUGUUACCUACACGAUUUCCUGUCCAAACAGGAAAAUAAACUUAGCAAGUAACUAGAGCCCUUCUACAAAGAAUGAAAGUAACGGAUUCACAGUUGCUUGAUAACAAUCCUACCUAGAACAAACAAACUGCAUCUUUUCCAGGAGCUUAUUAAUGACCUGCUGCUUUUGGAUGUACCAAUCAAACAGAACUUUUUGUUUCACUGCUGUAUAUUUACAACAUUUGAAAAAAAAAACCAAAACAGACCAAAUACUGUUAUUUGUGCAGUUGUACUUCAGUGGUUCAUUAUUGUUAAUGCCCUUUCAGAGAUUCCCCAAAUACAUAGGUCUUUACAAUGACUGAAUCUGUUAUGUUGUCUCCUGAUCUAAAAACUUUGCAGUCUAAAGUCAAUAUUAAUAAAUCAGUAGCGGUGGGUUAAUAGAAGACAAGGUAAUGACAGCAUGGUAAAACACCAACUGAGAGUUAUUUGGGGUUUGGCUGUUUUGUUUGUUAGUUUUUUUAACUAAAAAUUGUAAUCUCUCUUGGAGAGAAAGUUGUAACAGUUCAUUCUUUUGAAAAUUUGAGAACACUGGGGAGCCUGAUCUACUUCACAGUACAGUAUGCAAACACCUGUAUGUGUGUAGGCUUUAUCGUUGUUUUUAAACUUAAAAUUAAGUCACCAGAACAUUCUGUUCUGUAUAAACACUUUGGAAAAAUAAAAUCAUCUUACCUGCAA